GACUCUCUCCCACGUCACACACACAUACACACACACACACACACUCACUCAAAGACUGCAGCGCUUUGCGACACUCUCACACCAGCUCUGAAGACUCUAUACUGAAGUAUGUCGGACACAUACGACGAACUUAUUCGUAACCUAAUUCAGAUCGGCCUGAACGAUGAGUUCCCCAAGCAAAAUGCGAAACCAGCAGUCCCCCGUCAGCUGUCUUCCUGCUUCUCGCCCAAGAGCCUCAGCUCUGAGAAACUAAGCGAGGACACGUUCGGCUGGCCGUGUGACAUAUGGAGUGAGAAUGUGCCGAAGAAACCACAGUAUCCGUUCAGGGCUGACCGAUCCAUGAGUCUGACUGACAACUAUCUCCCCAACAACAAGAUGAAGUCUCUGGAACUUCCACCGCCACCUGGAUUCCCACCUUUAGCUCCUCAGCCUUCAAACCGGUAUAAGACUGAGUUGUGUCGAAGUUUCCAAGAGAACGGCAGCUGCAAAUACGGUAACAAGUGUCAGUUUGCACACGGUGAGAGUGAGCUUCGAGGCCUUUACCGGCAUCCGAAGUACAAAACAGAGGCAUGUCGUACGUUCUACAACUUUGGAUACUGUCCCUACGGAAGCCGCUGCCACUUUAUCCAUGAGGAGAAACUCUCCUCUCCUCAAACACUCAACCAGAAGACCCAAACAGCUGCCAACCAGCAAGGUCGAGUUCUCCGCCAGAGCGUAAGCUUUGCUGGUUUCCUCGGCUCUCGCAGUGUCUCCCCACCAGCAUCCUACGAAUCCAUGGGCUUCAGCCGCGCACCAUCAGUUUCUCCUCCACCAGCUGACAUCUUGUCCCCUACUUUUAACGACACGGGCCGUGAUAUGUUUCCAUUCCCGCAGAUCAGAGGUGAGAGCGACAUCCAUAACCAUUCUGUGCUAAUAGAGCCUCAGAAGUCCUCGCACUGUGUGUGGGGCCAAGGAACAAACUUUGAGCCGUCGGCAAGCAAAUGCGUCGGGAAGGAGAACCGAAGCAGUGCCUUUGGUUUCAGCCACGCCAGCAUACAGCGCUUCGCCUCUGACGAUUCCCUCUCAGACCACGAGAGCUACAGCAGCACAGAGAGCUCAAGUGGCUCUGAAUCCCCCACCUUUGAAAAUGCAGCCAGUAAACGCCUCACUGUUUUUGCUCGCAUGUCUGUUUCCGAGUAAUUUUUAUUUUUUUCUAAAGGACAUUUUACAAAUCUUUUCCAAAGAUUCUUCAAUAUGGCAUAAUAUUGUCUGUUUAUUUAUUUGCUUUAAUUACUGGCCAUAGGAAAUUUAUUUUGAUACACACUUUGCAGUCUAAAGCUAUGUAUUUUUAUUGCCUUUAUGUACUUUCUACCAUUGUGUCUUCCACUCGCUUGCUUUGCUAAUGGCAAAUUUUACAUUGGUCAAAGGCAUCAGGUGCCAUAUUAGUGCUACUGACGUAAGCAGCGCUUGUGUCUGUACCCAUUCCAUACUACCAGUUGACACAAAGAAGAUUUAUAGGCUACUUAACCAGCAAUGUGACGAACCUGAAAUGAUAGCUAUUACAUGUACUCACUAAGAAAUGCACUUUACCUCUACUGGGAGAUAUGUAGCAUUUAACAAAAGCAUUAUGAUCUAGUGUGCCUAUUUUUGAAUAAAUGGCUUGGAUCUUGACAGCCUUUUGGUAAAAAAAAACAAACAAAACAAAAAACAUCUCCCUCUAUUAUAAUUUACACACAACAAAUGUAAAACAAUUUUUUUUUUUAUCAUUAUUAUUUCUUUGUUUUCCAGGCAAGAUCUGUCUUGAAAGAUAUUGUCUCGUGUUUUUCAUCAGGGACUGUAACAGUACAGUAUUUCCAUAGUUUAGGAUGCCUUCAUUUGCAUUGUUUUUUAAUUGUAUAGACUUAACUGAUGUAUUUAUUAAGUAUUUAUUAAAGUAAUAGCAAUGUA